AAAUCUCUCAUCGCUCUCUAAUGUCUCAGAUGGAUCCCGACGCUGUAUCUAAGGCCUUCGUCGAACAUUACUAUUCCACCUUCGACACCAACCGCGUCGGUCUCGCUGGUCUCUACCAGGAAGCUUCUAUGCUCACCUUCGAAGGUCAAAAGAUCCAAGGAGUCCAAAGCAUCGUAGCUAAGCUCACCUCUCUUCCCUUCCAGCAGUGCAAGCAUCACAUCUCCACCGUCGAUUGUCAGCCUUCUGGUCCCGCUUCCGGUAUGCUCGUUUUCGUCUCCGGUAACCUCCAGCUCGCCGGCGAAGAGCACACUCUCAAGUUCAGCCAGAUGUUUCACUUGAUGCCGACGCCACAAGGAAGCUUUUACGUGUUCAACGAUAUAUUCAGGUUGAACUAUGCCUAAACAGAAAUCAGAUUGUUAGCAUACAUCAUCACUGCUGCAUUUCUAUACUAUUUGAGCAAUCCUUCUAUCAAUUUCUUUGGUCCUUUUUUUCUUCUUCUUCUUAUUCCUAGAUGAUUUACCUUAAGAACAGAGGAUAAUUGUCUCUCAUCAUGUAUUUGGUUUGGAUGGUUUGUUCAUUUGUCAUUACAAUCUAUUGACUUGAUAAGAGAAUUUGAAUGUUCAUUUGGCUCUUUUUCUUUCUGGGUUUAAUCCGAAUAUAUUUUGAUGGUCCAA